UCCUCCCUCCGAGAUGGCCCCGAGCAGGAAGAUGUUUUAUUUUGUCUUUGCCUUUUUCCUCAUUCUGGCUCAGUUUCCACCAGGGUGCCAGGCAGGACUCGAAUACGUCCAGCCAUUUCCAGCGGGUGAGUUCGCUGUUUGCGAGCCGUGCAGGCUCGGGCGGGGCAAAUGCAGGAAGAUGUGCACUGAGGAGGAGAAGGUCGUUGGACGCUGCAAGCUGAACUUUGUGUGUUGCCGGCGGAGGAUGGGGUGAGCCAGACCGGCGCUCUUCUGGCCUCAGAAGCAGGACCGGAUAUUCAAGGAAGGUCAAGAGAAGUUAUGCAGCUUAACCAAGUCACCCAGUGAGCGGGUGUCAAGAUCAUUCUCAUCUCCUUCUCCCUUUGCUUUGUUUCUUUGCUUUUUUUGUUUGCUCUUUCGUUAAUGGGGGCACUGGGGAUUGACCCCAGGACCUUGUGCAUGCUGAGCACGCGCUCUGCCACUGAGCUCUACCCCUCCCCCUUCUUUGCUUAUUUUUAAAGGUGAUCUUUAAAAAGGUUGCCAGUGGGCAGAGGGAAGUGGGGAGGGGCAAGGUAGGGGUAGAGAAUUAAGGGGUACCAAUGACUAUGUAUAAAAUAAAUAAGCUACAAGGAUGUAUCACACAGCAUAGGGAAUAAGCCAAUAUUUUAUAAUAACUUUAAAUAGAGUAUAAUCUAUAAAAUAUUGAAUCAUUAUGUUGUACACUGGAAACUAGCAUA